AUGCCUCUGCUCGAGUCGCACCUUCGUCUGCAGCAGAGCUUCGCCGCACUCGAGACCCAUGGACAGAUCGUCAUGGCCAUGCUGGACCAGAAGUACCACCUGCUUGCCCCUGGAGAGGAGGUUGACUCGUCUGCUGUCUACAACGCGCUGCAGGAGAGCAUUGGUGUCGUUCCGCCGGUAGAGGGCACCGCUUGGCAGACGCAGUUCGGUCACCUCUACGGAUACGGCGCGACGUACUACUCCUACUUGUUUGACCGUGCAAUCGCAAGCAAGGUGUUCGCGACGCUGUUCGCCAAGGACCCGCUCAACCGCGAGAAGGGUGAGGAGUUCAAACGUAAGCUCCUCUCGUGGGGCGGCGGUCGGGAUCCGUGGGAGAUGGUCGGCGAUGUCGUUGGCGGGGCUGAGGGCGAGGCCGUUGCCAAGGGCGACCAGAAGUCUAUGGAACUCGUCGGCGGCUGGCACAUCAAGUGA